AAGGCCUUCAGCAGGCUUGUAAGCCUCACCGCUCAUCAGAGAAUCCAUAUGGGAGAGAAACCAUUUGAGGGUUCAGAUAGCAACAAUAGCUCUGAUCUGAGUGAAAGCAUUGCUUCCCAUCAAAGACAUCAUACUAGGCAAAAAUCAUGUCAAUGCUCAGAGUGCAGGAAGAGGUUCAGGUGUAAUACAAUUCUUCACUUAGAGGAGAAAAGAUAUAAAUGCUUGGAAUGUGAAAAGAGCUACAAUCGGAGUGCAAAACUUACUGUGCAUCAAAGAGUUCACACAGGGGAGAAACCUUACAAAUGCUUGCAGUGUAGUAAAAACUUCAGUAGCAAAAAUAACCUUAGUAGCCACCAAAGAGUUCACACAGGGGAGAAACCUUAUAAAUGCUUGGAGUGUGGAAAAAGCUUCCGACACAGCACAGGCCUCAUUCCCCAUCAAAGAAUUCAUGCAGGGGUGAAACCUUAUAAAUGCUUGGAGUGUGGAAAAAGCUUCCGUUUCAGCACAGGCCUUACUUCCCAUCAAAGAAUUCACACAGGGGAGAAACCUUACAAAUGCUUGGAGUGUGGAAAAAACUUCCGUCACAGUACAGGCCUUACUUCCCAUAAAAGAAUUCACACAGGGGAGAAACCUUACAAAUGCUUGGAGUGUGGAAAAAAGUUCCGUCACAGCGCAGCCCUCACUUCCCACCAGAGAAUACAUUCUGGAGAGAAACCGUACCAGUGCAUGAUAUGUGGAAAAUGCUUCAGUCAGGGAUCACACCUUACUUCCCACAAAAGAACCCAUUCUGGAGAGAAACCGUAUAAAUGCCAGGAAUGUGGGAAAGGCUUCAGUCAAAGCUCACAUCUGACUGUACACCAAAGCCUCCACACUGGUGAAAAACCAUAUAAAUGCUUGGAGUGUGGAAAGAGUUUCAGAAUCAACAGAAACCUUAAAGUGCAUAUAAGAGUCCAUACACAGGAGAAGCCAUUUAAAUGCCUGGAGUGUGGGAAACGUUUCAAUCAGAGCUCAAGUUUUAAUAUGCAUAAAAGAAUCCACAGAGGAGAGAAGCCGUAUAAAUGCAUGGAUUGUGAGAAAAGCUUCUAUGUAAGGUCCCAUCUUAAUACGCAUCAGAGAAUCCAUACAGAUGAGAAGCCAUAUAAAUGCUUGGAAUGUGAAAAGAGUUUUAGGUGUGGGCAAAGCUUCAAUCGGAGUGGAUGCUUUACUUCCCAUCAAAGAAUUCACACAGGAGAGAAACCAUAUAAAUGCCUUGAAUGUGGAAGGAGCUUCAGUGAGAGUGGAAGCCUUACUCGUCAUCAAAGAACACACAUAGGGUUGAAACCUUAUAAAUGUCUGGAGUGUGGCAAAAGCUUCACUGUGAGUGGAAGCCUUACUUCUCAUCAAAGAAUUCAUACAGGGGAGAAACCAUAUAAAUGUCUUGUGUGUGGAAAGAGCUUCACUGUGAGAGGAAGCCUUACUUCCCAUCAAAGAAUUCACACAGGGUUGAAACCUUAUAAAUGUUUGGAGUGUGGGAAAGGCUUCACUGUGAGUGGAAGCCUUACUUCCCACCAAAGAAUUCACACAGGAGAGAGACCAUAUAUAUGCCGGGUAUGUGGGAAAAGCUUCAAUAAGGGUGGAAAUCUUAAUGUCCACCAAAGAACUCACACAGAGGAGAAGCCAUGUAAAUGCCUGGAGUGUGGAAAAAGCUUCAGUGAGAGUAGAAAACUUGCUGUUCAUCAAAGAAUUCACACAGGGGAGAAGAACUAUACAUGUCGGAAAUGUGGGAAAAGCUUCAGUGAGAGUGGAAGCCUUACUGUCCAUCAAAGACUUCACACAGGGGAGAAGCCAUAUAUAUGCCUGGAGUGUGGAAAAAGCUUUAGGCAGAGUAAUCAACUUACUUCUCAUCGAAGAAUUCACACAGGAGAGAAACCAUAUCAAUGCUUUGUAUGUGGAAAAAGCUUCAGUGUUAGUGGAAACCUUAAUUCCCAUCAAAGGAUCCACACAGGGGAAAAACCAUACAUAUGCCUGGAUUGUGGAAAGAGUUUCAGUGAGAGUGGAAGCCUUACUGCCCAUCAAAGAAUUCAUACAGGAGAGAAACCAUAUAAAUGUUUGGAGUGUGGAAAAACCUUCUGUUACAGAAGUAGCCUUAUUUCCCAUCAAAGAAUUCACAAAAGGGAGAAACCAUAUACAUGCUUGGAGUGUGGGAAAAGCUUUUUUAACAGUGGAAACCUUAGUUCUCAUCAAAAAAUUCACACAAGGGAGAAACCAUAGAAUCUCCUGAUCAGGCCCACAGAAUGAUGGGCUGAAGAGCUCUUGUUCCCCCCUCCCCAAUAUCUCAUCAAGCACUGAGAUGGUCUUAUCCCCACUUUGAAUUGGUGGCAGCAUCCUUAUAGAAGACAUGAGGAGACCAUUACAUGUUGCC